GGUGAGGGGGGUGUUAGCAACAGGGACUUAGAUGUCACUUCCAUAGAAGUCACAGCAGCAAAAACAGGCUGAGCUGCAGGGAGUGAUUGUGUCCAAGUAGCAGUUCAGGACUUCUUUGUUUUUUUUCUGGAUUACAGGACUGCAGCUCUGAGAAGGAGGCAGAGAGUUCCUGGCACCAUGUGGAGAAAUGCUGCCUGGAGAAGUACUUCAUCAUCUGGUCCACUCGAACUCAGCAACUCACAAAGGCCCAGCAGUACUGCAGGCUUCUUCAGCUGUCUCGGUAGAUGCUGUGCUUCUCAGAAGUUUGCUAAAGCUGUCUGUUUCAGGAGCUCCACACUGGCUUUUCUAGAAACUUCCUCUUUUUCCUUUUUCAGUGGAAGUUUUGCAGCCCAUUAUUUUAUUUUCCUGCUUCAAAAUUAUGAUAUCUAAACGCUGUUCUCUUGGUUUGAUGAGCUGCCUCAGAAGUUAGAGUGAGCCCAGUGCUGCUGGUAUCAAGCCUUGGUAGCUUCCUACUACUGAACUGGCCUUGCUCUUUGCUUAUUCAGAAAUUGCAGAGAACAGAAGACUUGGCACAGCCAGGACAGAACACCUUACUCCUUUACACCUUGCCCUGCCUUUGGUUUACCCUGACAUUUACUUAAGGAAGGAUGUGAACAGAUCCAAUCCAUUUCCUAAACUAUCUAACAUAUAUUUAUUGUUAAGGUUUUGAUCACAAAUGUAUGAAUCUGUUUGAGUUAUUCCUACAGUUGCUCCAAUGGUCUUUGCCUUUCUCAGAGCCUUUCUCAGGUGGCACCGCUGCGCUGCGGAGAACAAGAACCAAGAAGUAGCAGCAGCCCUUAAAUACCAAUUUAAUUGCUGCCGGAUGGCUUUCAGCUUGUGGAAGAAGAGACUGGCCCAGAAAGUGGAAGCUGACCAGAGAUUCAGGUGUCACCUCCACCAGAUGACUGCUGAUGCUCUUCGGCGUUGGCAUUCCUACUGUCAAAGGAAGUGUAACAUGAAGGAGCUGCAGCAGAGAUGGGCUCAGCAUAGCUGCCAGGAGAAGAAGAGAUUGAUCCUGCAGAAGUGGCGCUGCCAAACAAGGCAGCUGAAAAAUGCUGCUUUAUUCUGGGAGCGUCUCCUCCUGCACAGGUGUGUAGUCAUCUGGGCCCGGGUCACUGCCUGCUCACUGAGGCAGCAAGAAGCCCUCUGUUAUUUUAGAAGGGUCAGAGAGAACCAUCUUCUGGAAGUGAGUUUUGCAGAAUGGAGAGUGAAGUUCUUGACAGCUAAACAGCAGUUGGUGGAAGAAGAGAAAAACCACACAUGGCAUGGAUGUUCUCAAGCUAAAGCCUGUCAGCGCUGGCGAUUGGCCUCAAGGGGACAGCAAGCCCUACACUUGGGGUCUGUGGCCACUGUGAAACAGGCCUGCAACUAUUGGACAAAAGCAGCUGCCUUUUCCCAGUGCUCACGGCAAUGCAGUACCCUGAUAGGCGCUAGGAAGAGCAAGAAGAUGUCUUUGUCUUUGUCCAUGAAAAGGAGAGGAUGCAGAGAGAAAGGUUCAGCUCCAGCUGCUUCCCUUGGGUUUUUUCCCAGUGCUUUUCACCGCUGGCUGGUGAUCUACAGAAGCCAAAGGAGGACCGAAAGGCUGCUGCUCCCUCAACAGCUAGAGGGGCAUGAUUUGGUAGGACCUGUCCCUGGGCACGCCAGGAUCCAGGAGGACAAAGCAGAGGUGGACUCUGAUGAGUGGAAUGACAAUUGGCUUGGGAGGAAGUACCUGAGGUGGUGGCAUCACACGGUGACGCUGCGCCGGUGCCAGCGUGCCAGGAGGCUGCACAGUCUGGCAAGGGGUUGGCAGCAGUGGAAAGAAGCCAGCAGGGUGGUGAUGCUGGCACAGAUGUUGGACCAGCAGCGGCUGAUAGAAAAGGCCUGGAGAGCGUGGAGACGUCGGUAUUUACAAAGCUGUGUAGUGCAGAGGUUUUUGGAGGUUGAAGCCAGGAGCCUAUUGUCUGAGGCAUUUGGAAGAUGGCGUCAGCUCACAGCGUUCCAACUCAAGCACAGAGGACACUGCUGAAUGGUGGGCAGCUGCCUGCAGCUGCUUAUUUUGGGAGUGGAGGAUACGGCUGGCAGUCACAACAAAGAGCUGGUCUCUUGCAAUCAAGAAAGCAGUGCAUGAUCUACCUGUGUGAUUCAAAACAGUGCUGCAGGCCCAAAGCGUGGUGAUAGCCAAAGGACAACCAGGAAGAAGGGGGAUCCAGAGAAAGGUCUUAUUUAAAGGACUGAUAUUUUGCCUCCCUACUGCCACAAACUUGAGAACUUAAUGGCUUUUGUUGUGAGGUUGCAUUCCCUUUUCUGCUAGAGUCUGAUUUUGUUGGAGUUCUGAUUAAAAGCCCUAUAAAGUAUUUUUUGACCUCCCUUAACUAAUUUUUUUUUUCUUUUUAUUUUUUUGUAAUUGAGAGCUUAGUGUCAUGUAAGGGACUAAGCAAACUUGGUUUUGAAGAAGUGAGCAGGAACGUGUCUGUGGGAAUGCUACAUGCUGUUGAUUCCAAAGUUUGGACUAACUCUGGUCACUGUGAACAGAGGCCUUAUUUUUGAGCUUAGGCUCUUCCCUUGGGUGGUUGGGAUGAUUCCCACUUGGCCCCCACCCCCUGUCCAAGUCCAUCAGCUCUUCAUUAAGGCUUUCAGUGGGUGGCCAACCUCUUGACUGCUUCCUGCUGGUUUCUUUCUGCACUGAAUGGGCUAGGGAUGAAGAAACCUGCUGGGAACAGCUGAGCACCAAAAGCUUUGCUGGGGGAAGACAGGCGUGUCUGACCCCCAACCUUCCCAUUACUUGCUCCUGUGAUUGAUGCCCUGUAAUUACCCUGGAUAUAUGAGCCCAGUCUCAGACAGCUGUAAUGAGAGGGUUUGAAGAAUCUGGAAAAGGCUUUUCUUCCUUGCUUGUUUGAAAGAGAUGCUUGCAGCUUAGCAGGGAUCUUGAAAUCCCACUGGGAGCUGCCCCAAGGUCUUGUUUUUCCUAGCCUGGAGUAGCUUUGCAGGAUUAAGGACAAUGCAGCCUCAGCAGCCCCUUCUUUCUCUAGUGCAAGGCCUAAGUCUGCUAGAGUCAUUAGGUCAAGAAAGAUUAGGUUAUUUUUUUCCUAUAGAUACUAGAGAAGGACUACCACUCUUAUGGCCACGCAAAAAUGAGGCAGGGGCCAGAGGUGGUUAUUAUUCCUUUGUCCAUAUUUCCUUUGGGGCAUGUGUUAGAAAUGGAGGCAGCACUGCCUCA